ACUCUAUGCUUUUGAAACUAUUGAGGAAAGCGGCAGAGGCCGGGGAGUCUUGACGUCAUCUUCCAGGGACGUCGCUCCCCUCUGGCGUAAGAGUGCGAUGGCCGCCGCUGUUGCUAGGAUGCCCGCUGGUCGGGGGAAGAUCCUUUUUCACCUGCACAAUAUAGUGCGAGCCUUUGCUUCACAGACAGAGGGAGAAGUCAGGGUGACACAAAUCCUUAAAGAAAAGUUUCCCCAGGCUGCUGCCAUCAAAGUAGUAGAUAUAUCAGGUGGCUGUGGAGCAAUGUAUGAAAUUCAUAUAGAGUCUGAAGAAUUUAAGGAGAAGAAAACUGUACAGCAACAUCAAAUGGUCAACCAGGUCUUAAGUGAAGAAAUUAAAGCAAUGCAUGGACUACGGAUAUUUACUUCUGUUCCCAAGCAUGGAAGCUAAGAGUGGCUGAAGAAACACAAGAUUUGUGAAUUUCAAAAACUGGUGAGACUGAGAGGAUGCCUAUUGGCACACAAUACAGCCAGAAGCCUUUAUUUCCACCUUCCCGUGCUUCUUUCCCAUCUCCCUCUGAUCAUACUACAAAUAAAAUCACUGUGCUGGUGUGCUGUAAAAUAAGGACGCCUAAGGGUAGUUUGAAAAGCAGCACUUAUUUUAGAUGUGAAAGUCAGCUCUCUUAAUCGUAUUGAGUAACCUCUUUCUUCCAAGAAGACUAGUGUCUGAGGGUAGUGGAAGUUGGAAAUGGAGAAUGUUUUAAAAAGGAGGAGGUACUCAUUGCCCUUCCCUUUUUAUGCCAAAGUAUGUAACACGUCAAGGGAAAGCUAUGGAUGGAAUGUACUGCAUUUUUUUGCUUCACUUGUUGCUGCAGUUGGUGAUAACGGGACCCCAGAAGGAAUUGCAGACUGACAAGCACAGAGAGAUUAUUGAAAGAGGAAUACAGGUGCCUUUUACACUUGACUGUUUUUCUUGCAAUGAAGUUGUUUUAAACCACCUGUGAUGUACAGUCCAGUUUUCAAGGUUGAACAAUUCCAGCAAUGUGUUUUUUAAUAGCUAUGAUGAGUAGCGCUGCCUUUCCCCUGUGCUGUCUAGGAAGGUGAUAUGUCCUCUCUUAUUUUAAAAUUGCAGUUAAGUUUCCUGAAACGUCAAAUGAGGUGAAGAGUAGUUUAUCACUGUAGCACAAGCAAAAGUGUUGAAUUCUGAAUAUGAAAAAUAAAAAUGCCACUUACA